AUGGAGGCGAUUUACUUUACUACUAAGCUGGAUGAGGUUCGCAGUUAUUAUGAAUCUGAUACGAAAAGCGAUGACGACAUCGUUUACGCUGUUUACAGUUUAGUGAACGAUGCGCACACCGUGUCAAAAAUGUUAUUGUUAGAGUCGCGUUUCGAAGAACUCCGACGCUGUCUCAGUGUGUGUUGGGUUGCCCUUGGGGAAGAGCAUGUGAAGGAAGAUGGUCGUAUUGUGUUGGGUAAUCUCACUGGCGAGGACCGCAGAAUGAUCGACUUACUCCUGCAGCGUACUCUGCUUCUGGAACAACAGACUGAGGAAGUUAUCCAGAAGAAUAAGGCACAGAACAUUAUGAGCUAUACGGCAGAGGUAAUCCGCAGCCAGCUUGCCACAUUGACAAAAGAAAGCGGGCUGAAGAGUGGAAUUGGCACUGCUAACGGUGAUAACAAGGAGAGAGGACAGGGUGAAUCAAAACCUCCCGUAACCCCACCUAAAAGAGGUUCUGCCUUUGGAAGAAGCAAAUUGAUGAGGCGCUGGGGAGGAGAGAGGGCUACACCUCCGCUUGUGACGUACACUCGCUUUUCCAACGCUUCUUCUGGGCUGCCUUAUGAAACCGUUUCAUCUCUGACGGAGAGCGAUGAAGGAGCGCAACCCGAAGGUAGUUCUUCCUUCUCUCACUAUACUUUGAGAGACGUCUCGGCGACCGCGAUUCACAGAGUCGGCAACGGAAGCUAUUCAUCUUCGGUGAGUGGUGGCGCCGAUGUGCGGCCCGGUGCAGCAGUAUGUGUCCCGAGUGAGAACUUUGUACCACCUGUGAACUCCUCUGAGCUGUUUGGACCCAAUGCGUCGACCCUCGGCAGAGAUCAGCGGGGAAUUUGUAGCGGAUUGGCCGAGGCAUCAGCGGGCCCAUCUCGGUCACCUUCAGAAAAGUCCUCCAGCUUUAGUUCGUAUACCUCUGCCCUGUCGGACGUCUGGGCCGCGGACACGGGAAAGCGUAUCGCUCGGACGGCAACGGCAAUGAGAGUGGCAGUAGAAGAGCAGUACUUUCCUGCUGGGGUGGUUGAAGGUUUAGACAAUGCAAUACUUUCUGAGGUAAAACAGGAUUCUGUGAAGGGGCCACCAGAGAUCCCACCGCGCUUGUCGCAUACUUUGACUUGCGGUGCCUUGGUGGGACAACAGGAUCACACAAAACGGAAAAGUGAUGCAGCGACGGAUGAUGGGCUAGUGGCUUUUGAUGAGUCUGUGAGUGGGGAUGCGCCCGCCGAUCCUCUGCGAGAAACUAUGGAAACAGCGGAUCAGCAUGUUGAAACUGUGCCGUGUCUCCCACCGAUGCAAAAUGAUGUCUCUCCUGGGUCAUCGCAGGGAUCCGUGGAACUAUGCAGCGGGCAGCGGAAUGAUACUCAGAGCACGAGUGGUUUUCUUCCCAUGCUGACACUAUGCCCGAAACUGUCCUCUGAAGCGAAAGCACAUGUGGCCAAGGUGUGUAAGGAAUACAAGGAAAAAAUGAUGGAUGUUAAUUUGUCCAUGGAGGCCAUGCGCCGUAAAACGGAGGAACAGAAACAGCUCUUAAAUCCAAAGGAUAAGUUUGUUCUCAAGGCAACAAACGAGUGGAUGAGAAUGCAAAAAACACCGACUACGUCGCCAGGGGCCGCUGUCGAACCCUCGGUCGCAGGGCAGUCGGACUUGCCCACACCCUCAAAGGGGCCCGCCGAAGUUGCGUAUAAGCAAGCUUGUUUGUCCGUUGGUCAAAGACUCCAGACCUCUCAUACAUGGAGAAGGAGGAGCAGCAGGAUGCCAAGCUGCAGAACUGUCGAAAGCUUCGCAACUGAUGAAAGUUUUUUCUCGCAAACAAACACUUUUGAAUACCCCACCACUUCAAGCGCAUCUCAUACCGGGGUUGGUCCGUUGAAUGGUAUACGGGGUUCCGCGGGUAAAGCGGCCACUGAUGAGACCCGCGAAAACGUCAGCCAAACAGAUGGAGCGAAGGCCAGGUCAUCGCCAACUCCGCGACGGAAGAUUGCAGGGGUGAGGCUUACCGACGCACAGCAUCAACUUAAGCGGCUGCGCUUGUUGAGUGACGAACCCUUUCCCGAGGUUCACCGCAUGGUAAUUGAGCGUGCGGAGAAGAUCGUGGAUUUGGAACAAGGUGGUCUCAGCAUUGGACGGCUGCGCUCACAUCCACGUAGUUCACACAGAGAGGGGCUGCCAUCCAAUACUGAGAAUUUUCCCGGCCUCUCUUUAUCAUCGGUUCAGACAAACUCUCUAACAAGGUAUGGGCACGUGUUAUCUUCUUUACCAUCGGGUAAUAUGCACCCUGGAACAGGGAGUAGUGAGCAUCUUCCUUUGCUCUCGUGGAUGAAACAAAAUUGCGGCUCUCUUAGCGCAGCAGUGAGGAAAGAUGUCUUGGGCAUUAGGCCCUCAAGCGGCGCAAAUUUGGUGACCGUCGUCCGCAGCACCGACGCCAAGGUCACAGCUGAGGACCUUCAACCCACCAUUCUGUCAUCCAUUGACGAUCUUCACCGGCGCCCUAACUGGACCGUUCUAAACACUGCCACCUUAAGUAUGUUUGCCCCGCUCCACCUAGCAGUAGUGCGGAUUCAAUUAGUAUUGCGUCAGUUCAUUGCCAAGCGCGAACUGAACGACCGCAAGCGUGCGGUAGAAGACCACCUUGCGCGCUUGGUUGUACGUGAUGAAUGCGCCAUCGCCAUACAGCGAUGGGGACGCUGGUUGAUAUCACUACAGUUUGUUGCGGUACUGCUGUAUCGAAGCAAAACCUAUGAGAAGCUAUCGGAGCGAUCCUUAAACUGCGAGGCGCCGAGUUUUACCGAUGUGUCGUACGAACUCAUAAGGCGGUUCUCCGUUACAGGAAAUCUGACAACGGCGUUCUUCACACCAACCCCUGAACCGAGAAUCCGGAGUGGUAAUCUCUCUAGAACGGGCAAUCGCCGUGUAACGGUUGGCUGUCUCCCUUAUUUCCCGCGCUCCACAGUGGGGCAAGCCCCUUUUGGCCUUCCAUCCUCUUCGUGCACAACUAUGUGUCAGGCGAGCGUAUCUUUGUCACGAGAAUCCUCACCGGUGAGGAGACAGCGGGAGAUUGAUGCCUCUCGUGUAAUUGUGAAGGCGUUCCGCAAGUGUAAACAAAGUAAGCUGCGUGUCUGGGAGCGGGAAAUGGACAAUUUUUUGCGUUUCGUCACUCGGAAAGCGAGCGCAGGUGAAACCUUCAAAGAUUCCCGCUGCAAGUCGCAGCGCCAGACACAGAAGUAUACUGGGGAUGUUAAAUGCUCGCCGCGGAGAGGUGGUCGGGCGGAAGACGCCACUCUCUUUCCAGUUUCGCCUGACCGCUUGUUGGGUGACACAUACGCAGCUUGGGAGGCACGUGUCCGAAAAGCGAGGGAGGAGGGCAACUUCCUCACACCUCUCAACAGUGUGAAACUGUCCCAACUUUAUUCCAUCUAUGAGCAGCGUCUGGAGGUUGAGGCAUUGCGACGGCUGAGGGAGCUGGAGGCUCUCAUAGAAGCUGAGGAAGAGCAGGUGAAGCGCGAGGAGCUAGAGCAAUCAUUGCAAGUGCUACAACCGUGCUUGCGGGGCUACCUCGCAAGGCGGCGUAUUGCGUUCCGUUGGAAAGAACUUAAAAAGGGUAAACUUUUCUCGAAUCGCCCAGCGCGACUCAUCAACGUUUCUCGGAAUAGAACCGCCGGUUUCCGUGGUCGUGCUGAAAGGGGAAGGACUGUCCCCUUGGAAGGAGAGUCUCUGGAGUUUGCAUGUGAGGAGGAGCAUCCCAUUCCACCAAAAGUGGACAAUUUUAUACAGCAGUCCAUUAAUCGCCGCAACACAUUGAUGAUCCCAAUUACAGAUGAGGGGCGUACAGCCCGAUUGAGGUUGGUUAUAAUGAUGCAGACGUGCUUGCGGCAGAAGGCAAGCCUUCUAUCUGUUGCGGAUCAGUAUGUUACAGUUUGCGCCGUUGCAAUACAGCGCUGGUGGCGCCUCAUGACACUCUUGCGUAAGAGGUCCAGCGACAAAAUACAAGGAGCAAAUUGCGCGAUUUAG